UUCACCUGGCGAGGUCGGGGUCGGAGGGCAGCGGCGGAGGGGGAGGCCUCGGGGCCAUGUCCCGCGUGGCUGUUUUGGCCUGGAAAUAGGGGCAGUAGGGGCAGGUUUGCAGGGCAGCGAAAGCGGUGGAAGGCCUCGAGGGGAAGCCACAGGAGGAGUGGUUGAGGUCACUUCGUCUGGUCAGGCCGGAGCACUGGAGACUGAGAGCAGAGCUCAUCGGAGUCUGCAGCAGCUCCCGAGGAGCCGGGGAGGGACCGCUCGGAUCUCUGCUCUGUGUUACAGCGACAGGACCCUGGGAACGGCUGGAGCUGUUUUUACUUCCAGUUUCCACUUCAAAUAUUGAUGGUCUUGAAAGUGCAUUUGGAUCCCAGACAUUUUCCAUCACAGAACAAAUCAAGAGCUCCUCUCCUAUCUCAGAGCAAUACAGACAGCUUAAUAUCAUAUGACCUCAUUUCUCCAAAUUAAAUGAAAGAAGAAUUUUCACUAGCUUUCCAUGAAGCUCAGCUAUUGCCUGUUAAUUUUGACUGUUAGUGCUGCUCUUUCAGUUGGAUUCACCGUGGAAAAUGUAGCUUUUAACAGGACAGUUGCUUUUAGGUCUUUCAAUGCAUCACUUCAUGCAGUGUCUCAAGCUUUAAUGAGUUCUCCAGCACACCAUGAUAUCAUAGCCAAAGAGGGGAGCAGUAUUUUAAUUGAAUGUAAACUGAACAUCAGCCAGUAUGAACAUAUCCUUUGGUAUAACUCCAGAGGACACCUGCUUGAACAGAAAGAUGAAGAUGACCGGUGGAGGAUUGCCGAUAAUUCCCUCAACAUCACAAAGGUCAGCUUUGCUGACCGGGGCCGGUACACGUGUGCAGGCAUUAAUCAUAACGAGACCUUGUACUACACAGUCACCCUGAGGGUUAUCUUCACCUCAGGGGACAUGAGCAUCUACUACAUGAUUGUGUGCCUCGUUGCCUUUGCCAUCACCCUCAUCUUGAACAUCACCCGCCUGUGCAUGAUGAGCAGCCACCUCCGCAAAACGGAGAAGGCCAUCAACGAGUUCUUCCGGACGGAAGGGGCCGAGAAGCUGCAGAAGGCUUUCGAGAUAGCCAAGCGUAUCCCCAUCAUCACAUCUGCCAAAACGCUCGAGCUGGCCAAAGUCACUCAGUUUAAGACCAUGGAGUUUGCUCGGUACAUUGAAGAGCUCGCCAGGAGCAUUCCCCUCCCGCCUCUGAUCCUUAACUGCAGGGCGUUCAUGGAGGAGAUCUUCGAGGCCGUGCGGGUGGACGACCCCGACGAGGCGGGCAAGGAGGAGAAGCAGCCCCCCGGCUGCGGGGCGCAGGCCGCGCUGUUCCCCGGCAGCGCGCGGGUGAAGCGCAGCGAGUCCCCGGCCGGCGACUCGGACGAUGGCUCCCUGAGCGAGCAGGGCCAGGAGAUCGCCGUGCAGGUGUCCAUCCACCCCCAGGCCCAAGGGCAGAGCAUCGACACCGUGUCCCACGGCAGCUGCCACUCUGUGCCUUCUGAGGAAGGCGCCUGCUGAGCCCGGUGAUGCAGAGGGGUGAAGGAAGCUCGGAGGAUCCAAGGGAACUGUGAGAAAAGGCUCUGCAAAUAAGCUGCCUCAUCCCGUGUGCAGUUUUCCAAAUUGCAAGGUGCCAGAAGUAGUUAGAAGUGUGUAUUUUCUGUCUGUGUUGAUUUAACAAUUCCAGUCUGCUGGAAAAGGCCAUUUGGAAUAUUGUGUGGGGGCUUUUCUUUCUAAAGCAGGCUUGCUGUAUUUAAAAUAGUUGCAAAACCGGAA